UCAGUAGUGACAUCACAUAAUCGCUAACUUGUGAAGGCAUGCCUGGGACCGCCAUGGGCAGGUAGAGACCUGGUGGGUGGGUCUGCUCACAGUAUAUAAAGGUGAUGGUUGAAGUGAGACCAACACAUAGGAGCUGUAGUCUGAAGCUAUCUCUGUGUUGUAUAGAGUGAGAAGCACGAUGAGGAAAAAGAAACCAGUGGUUGCAAGCAUGGAUCUGACCAAGAAAAAGGGUCACCAUUCUACUGAUGGAGAUGAGACAAAGAGUUCUACACAGAAGCGAGGUGUCGCAGAUUCCUCCAAUGAUGGUCCAGCAAAGCGUCUGAGGACUAACCCACCAAAAGUGGAGCCCUUUUACACCCUGGGUAUCAAAGAGGAGGAGGCUGCUCAGCCAUCUACUUCCGGGGCCUCCACUGGUGCAAUAAACAAGAUAUUGUACUUCUAUAGGGGGGAGUACAUUGCUGUUAGGAAUGAUGAAGGCUCCUUUUACCUUUGUGAGGCAUCCCAAAACAUUUACAACACCUCCAAGACCUUCAAGGUCCGAUGGCUGGAGGUAGAAGAUGCACCAAACAUCUACCGGAAGUCUUACUAUGACAACAUUGAGCUGGAGUCCAUCAUCACUCAUGUCAAACUUCAGCGUAUGGAAAAGGACAAAUAUGUCCUACCACAGGCAGAGAUCCUUAAGACACAGAAGAUCCUGCGGCGGGCUAUCACAGGCAUCGCUGAGGAUGAUGAAGAUGAAGUCUUGGAUGUUAAAGAAGAGGAAAAAGAUGAGACUGUUACUCCAAAAAAGACACAGGCCAAGGCCAAGUUGAAGGCGAAGAAAACUAAAGCACCCAUCCGGACAAGAGCAAAGAAAGUGGUACCGCCUGCUGUGAAAAGGGGCAGGGCAGCUGUGAAGAAGGCCAUAGCUAAAGUUACCAAGAAAGGCAAAAGUGCUCCCAAGAAAGGAAAAGCCAGCAAAGCUCCUGCAAAACAGACUGCCACUAUGAUAAAAGAGGAAUUGUUGAAGAAGCUUGGUAAGGGAGGACCUCUGUUUGGUCCUGAUAAAAAGUUGACCCCCAGGGCAGACAUGAAGGUGCCAGAAAAGGACCCCUCAUUCGAGGAGAGGUCCACACCAUCCCACCUGCUACCCCAGAAGCAGAGCAUCCGAGCUGUCCUUCUCAAUGACAUGAAACUGCUGCGAUCUCUUAUUGCAGACACAACAAACAUUCCAACAGUAUAUGAUGCACAGAGAUCUGUUGACGUACCUAUAGAUGCGGUAAUGUAUGCCAUCCGCAACAGGAAUAAGGAUGCCAUCAAGUUGUUUGGAGACCACAUGAAGAAGCACAGCAGCAACCCUCGUUGCAGCAGACCAUACAGCCUUCUCAAGCACCAGGGAACUGGCAGAUAUAACUGGUACUCCCUGGGCCAUGCUGUACGGAACAUUUCAAUGAGCAGGGGGAGUAAGGAAGGGAACAAUGCUUUUACAAAGGACAUUGAUGAUGGUCUGGACGAUUAUACUGAAACCUAUGGAAAAGAAGUUUUGCAGACAGGAGCUACCAAAAGAUGUUCUAGACAUCUGUAUUGCUGUGAUACCAAACUUCAAGGUACAACACAGAAGCGAGGUGUCGCAGAUUCCUCCAAUGAUGGUCCAGCAAAGCGUCUGAGGACUAACCCACCAAAAGUGGAGCCCUUUUACACCCUGGGUAUCAAAGAGGAGGAGGCUGCUCAGCCAUCUACUUCCGGGGCCUCCACUGGUGCAAUAAAUAAGAUAUUGUACUUCUAUAGGGGGGAGUACAUUGCUGUUAGGAAUGAUGAAGGCUCCUUUUACCUUUGUGAGGCAUCCCAAAACAUUUACAACACCUCCAAGACCUUCAAGGUCCGAUGGCUGGAGGUAGAAGAUGCACCAAACAUCUACCGGAAGUCUUACUAUGACAACAUUGAGCUGGAGUCCAUCAUUACUCAUGUCAAACUUCAGCGUAUGGAAAAGGACAAAUAUGUCCUACCACAGGCAGAGAUCCUUAAGACACAGAAGAUCCUGCGGCGGGCUAUCACAGGCAUCGCUGAGGAUGAUGAAGAUGAAGUCUUGGAUGUUAAAGAAGAGGAAAAAGAUGAGACUGUUACUCCAAAAAAGACACGGGCCAAGGCCAAGUUGAAGGCGAAGAAAACUAAAGCACCCAUCCGGACAAGAGCAAAGAAAGUGGUACCGCCUGCUGUGAAAAGGGGCAGGGCAGCUGUGAAGAAGGCCAUAGCUAAAGUUACCAAGAAAGGCAAAAGUGCUCCCAAGAAAGGAAAAGCCAGCAAAGCUCCUGCAAAACAGACUGCCACUAUGAUAAAAGAGGAAUUGUUGAAGAAGCUUGGUAAGGGAGGACCUCUGUUUGGUCCUGAUAAAAAGUUGACCCCCAGGGCAGACAUGAAAGUGCCAGAAAAGGACCCCUCAUUCGAGGAGAGGUCCACACCAUCCCACCUGCUACCCCAGAAGCAGAGCAUCCGAGCUGUCCUUCUCAAUGACAUGAAACUGCUGCGAUCUCUUAUUGCAGACACAACAAACAUUCCAACAGUAUAUGAUGCACAGAGAUCUGUUGACGUACCUAUAGAUGCGGUAAUGUAUGCCAUCCGCAACAGGAAUAAGGAUGCCAUCAAGUUGUUUGGAGACCACAUGAAGAAGCACAGCAGCAACCCUCGUUGCAGCAGACCAUACAGCCUUCUCAAGCACCAGGGAACUGAUAUAACUGGUACUCCCCUGGGCCAUGCUGUACGGAACAUUUCAAUGAGCAGGGGGAGUAAGGAAGGGAACAAUGCUUUUACAAAGGACAUUGAUGAUGGUCUGGACGAUUAUACUGAAACCUAUGGAAAAGAAGUUUUGCAGACAGGAGCACCAAAAGAUGUUCUAGACAUCUGUAUUGCUGUGAUACCAAACUUCAAGAAUCAACUGUUUGACAACAUCUAUCUAGCGGUCCGGGCAGGACACAGGAAGCUGGCAGGGAAGCUGAUAGAGAUGGCAGAAAAGGGAGGUGGUUAUGGCUUCAACCAGCUACAUAAGGAGGUCCUGCUGUUUGACAAACAGGAAUUGACCACCUUCAGGGCUGUGUCUGUGAAAAAGAAACCAUAUGGAAACCAAGUGAUCACACCGCUGCACUGUGCAGCCAUCAACCCAAACCCCAAGUACCUCCAGAAGCUGUUGGCUGUAUGUCCUGAGUUUGGUUUGACAGACAGGACUGGAAGGAAACCUAUUCACUAUGCUGCUGCAUGUGAGGGUUCUGGACCUCUGGAAUUCCUCUUAUCAAGGGGAAUGUCUGCAGAGGAUGGAGAUAACCAAGCAAACACAGCCCUGAUGAUUGCAGCAGAGAAUGGACGUGCAAACAAUGUUGAUCUGAUCCUAAAGAAACUGAAAGCACAGGCUAAAGACGCUGGAGAGGAUCCAGAUGCAAAAGCAGCCUACAUCAGCCUCAUACAGCGAGCCAACAGGCAGAGCUUUGCAGCCAUCCACCUGGCAGCAAAGGGUGGAUACGGGAAUGUAGUGAAAAUUCUUCAUAAGCAUGGUGCAAACCUGGACCAACCCCUGAGUGCAGGCAAGAACAAGAUGACAGCCCUGAUGCUGGCAUCAGCCCAGGGACACCUGGGGACAGUGAAGGUGCUGACAGAGAUAGGAGCAACCUUGGAGAAAAGAGACAAGCUGAAGCGUACAGCGCUGACCCAUGCAGCCAUGAAUGGUCACUACCCUGUCCUGGCCUUCCUGCUGCGGAUGGGAGCUGACCCCAACAGUAUGGACACCUCUGGGAACAGUGUGGCUCACUACGCUGCUGGCUAUGGCUGGUGGCACUGCCUGAAGCUGCUGCUGAAAGUUGGAGCUGAUCCCAACAAGCCCAAUGACUGGAAGGUAACACCUGUGGGUAUUGCAGUGCUGAAGGGAAAUGCAGAUUGUGCUGACCUGCUGUUGGACCUGAAGGGUCCAGAUGGCCAGCCACUGGCUGAUGUCAACUUCAAAGACGAAAAAGGUUUGACAAUGGUGGCAAUGCUGGCGGCCAGUCCCCUAUCUACUGGCCUGCCCCAGCAGAUAUGCUACCUGAUCAAGAGGAACGCUGACAUCACCAUACCUGAUCUGGAGGGGUGGACACCGCUGCACUACCUGGCCCAGAAUCCCAUCAAGCAGACCUCAGGCUGGGGUCACACUAGUGUAGAAGCUGACAAGAACAAGGCAGACAUGAGCCUGGAGAUUGCCAACAUUCUAUUGGACAAAGCUGCAGACCCAUCCCUCACCACAGCUAGUGGAAUGACACCAAUCAUGUUGGCUAUUGAACAAUUCAAUGUGGGUUUAGUCCGUCUGCUGGUGAAGCGAGGAGGAACUAUUUCAGCAUCCAGUGCCACUGAGGACAAGGACACCACCCUUCACCUGCUGGCUAAGAACUGUAUGCUUGAGGACCUGACUGAAAUUCUCCAGGUCCUUGUUGAACAGGUGUGUACCUGCGGAUUGUCUUUGUCAGAUGAUUGUAGCAACACAGUGUAA